GCCUCACCCUGUGUAUGAAGAUGAGCACGGAUGGUGGUGGUGUGAGUGGUGGUGGCGGUGGUGUUGUAGGCCCCGCUGUCAUCCCAUCGACUGCUACGUUGUCGAGUGCUGGUUCGUCGAGCGCUGUGCCCACGUCGACGACCACGACGACGAGGUCGUCUUCAAUGGCUGGCGUUCCCGCGUUCAGUCGAAGACAGCUGCCCAAGGAGUGGCGCAAGGUGAGGAGCAAGACAGAUGGCCGUGUGUUUUUCGUCAACACGGUGACGCGCAAGACGACAUGGUUUGACCCGCGCAAGAAGGUCAUGCCCGAUGAUGUGCUGCCUGACGGGUGGGAGCAGGCGUUUGAUCGCAACGGCCACAUCUACUUUAUCGACCACCGCAACAAGUUGACGCAACGCAACCCGCCCGAGGAUCUUCCCGCCACGUGGCAACAGCGGCUGCAGCGAGCCAGAGACGCGCGCGCCGCCAUGUCGGAGCACCCAGAGCUCCAGCACACCAGCCACGACCGCGAACGCAACCACAGCCACGACCGCGAACGCAACCACAGCUGCAAUCACGAUCAUUCACACACCACAGAAACCAGCAACACCAACAGCGACAGCGGCAGCGGCAGCGGUGGCAGCAAGAACAUCAGCCACAACGCCAGCAACACGCACAACACCGGCAGAGCGCCAACAAAAGGGCACGAAAGCCGACGCCAACAGGAGCUGCAACUGGAAAGGCGUGAUGACCGCGAAAAGGCCAAGCACGCGCACCAGCCCACCGGUUCCUUGCCCAAUAGUGACACCUUGUAUGAGUACAGGUCGCCGCCCCAGCACCAGGAUCAUGAGCCGCACCAUCACAAGCAUCGGUCUCGCAAACACGAGCUGGAGCGACAUGGGAAGAAGAGCCUCGCGCGAGGAACCGAGGCGAGAGGAUCCCCGCCCCACCGGAAGCAUCAGCAGCGACUACGUGGCGGUGUGCCUGCGUCGCCAACCACACUGCGCAAGCACUGGACUGCACCCCUCUCCCCAUCAACGCACCCUCGCCACGCGGUACUUCAACCCGCAGCCCCACCAGCGUCGAACCCACAACGCCGGCACCGCAGUCACCGGCAUCACCGCACAAAGGGGCGGCAACGCACUUCUGCACGUGGUGAUAGCGCUGAUCGUGGUGUUGACAUUGCCAAUAUCGAUGGCCGCGAUCAGGACCGGGAUGUGUUUGGCACCACCCCACCGCCCUCACCCAUUGCGAUGCUCCGCAGCAGCAGCAGCAGCGCCGGCGAGCUGGCCACCACGGCGACGCGUGCGGCCGAGUGGCGCGAACACCAGCGGCUGCAGCACUUGCAGCGGCAGCGGCAGAGGCGGCGCCAGCAGCAGCGCAGCCACUACACGCCAGACGAUCGCCACCACGUGCUUGCAAGCAGGUGCCCGGCUGACGGAAGCGCACCCCGUGCACACGUUGCAGCGCACCACAACCAGCCACCACAACACCACCAAACACAGCAGCAGCAGCAGCAACAAGUAGUAACAACGCCUGUCAAGCGCGGGCAGGAGGGCUUGCUGCCGUUGCCCGCAGGCAGUCCCCAGCGAAGGCACAGCUCAACCUCCCUGCUCUCCUGGGACUCGCUCACCUCGCUCGUGUCCACAGUCUCGCGCACCCUGUCAACAGCCUCCACAACAGCAUCCCUCAACUCGUCUGUACGCGCCAUAUUCGGGGGUGGCGAUGGCGGCGGUGGUGAUGAAUAUAAUGACGAUGGUGUUGGUGGUGGCGAUGAUGGUGAUGAUGGUGGUGAUGGUGAUGGUGAUGAUGGUGAUGUAGAGACAGGCGGGAGCCGAGAGAGACAUCUGCGAUGGCGUGGUGUGACGGCUGCGACGGAGGGCGGAGAAGGGGAAGACGUGUCCGGCGAUGAUUCUGAUGGAGGUGAGGAUGGCAAUUGCAGCUUCGACGGCUGCGCACGCCUGGGCGGUGUGUGUCGACGCUGUGGUGCUGCGGUGGCCAGAAGAGGCGCGUGUCGUGCAUGUGGCGGUGACACCGGUGGUGGUGGCGGUCAUGGUGGGGGAUGUGUCGUUGACACAAUGAAUGGAGAGCGCACGAAGCAGCAGCAGCAGCAGCGGCGGCGGCGGCGGCGGCACGGUGUGAAUGUGAUUGAAGGGACCGUGAUACGCGGGGUGGCGUUCAUGUUUGGCGAUGGUAGCAGUGAUCGGAGUGCUGACAAUAGUGGUGAUGGUGAUGGUGAUGGUGAUGGCGAUGGUGAUGGUGGGGAGGUGCUGCGGUUUCAGUCGGGGCGCGGCGGUAGUUGAGUGCUUGAGUCGUUUAUCCGUUGAUUCGUUGUUCCGUUGAUGGUCAGAGGAUAGGGGCGCUCGUUGUGCCGGCUGGGCUUUGGAUGAUAUAAGAAUGGGUAUUUAUUGCUUGAGUGGUUGGCGUUGAGCAUGGCUUGAGGGUCAUUUCGGUGCUUGGCAGUGUCGUUGCAUGUGUGCGAUUAAAAAAAAAACUCGU